CUCCAAACCAGUCGGUGGCGGUAAUUCACCAAUUUCGUUGAUGCCAACUACUAAAAAAAAAAGUCGAGGACGAAGUAGAAAAUGAUAUGGGAUCGGUAGUAACAUGGAGUCAGGCUCUCUUCAGUGGUUUAUGUUGGAAGCUUUUCUGGUGAAUUGUUGUCUCGGUUUGGUUUCUUCUCUGUACUUUCAUAUGACAGAAGGAGAGCAAAAGUGUUUCAUCGAGGAAAUCCCAGCAGACACGAUUGUUGUCGGUGAUUAUUGGACGCAGCUUUAUGAUGAACAGAAGCGCGAGUAUCUGCCAGCCACUCGGAAUCUCACCCUGUCUGUUGCAGCCAGAACUCCUACUGAUAAGUUGAUUCUGUCUCACAAGGAAACCAAGGGGAGGUUCAACUUCACAUCAUUUACCUCAGGAGAACACAAGAUCUGCCUUCAGCCAAGUUUAUCACAGCCGCUGUCUGAAGGCUUCAUAGUGGUGGUUCGCAUGGACAUCCGAUCAGGUGAACGCACCAACAACUACACAGAGAUCCAGAAACGAGAACUACUGACGCAGCUGCAGCUGCGAGUCAGACGGCUGUCUGCACAGGUUCACGACAUCCACAAGGAGCUGAUCUACAGUAGGAGCAGAGAAAAAGACUUCCUCGCCAUCAACCACAACAUCAACAUGUGGAUCUAUUGGUGGCCCAUCAUCCGCAGCGUGUUUGUGGUGAUCUUCAUCAUACACAUCACAAACAGCUGCUGAGAUCACAGCUACUGUUCAGAGCGACAUCAGUAAACUCUGGACCUGCAGAGGAAACGCAACAUUGACCAAACUGAAAAUG